AUGCUAAGCCUCUGGGCCUUGGCCCUCACACUGGCUGUCCAGGCAGACGCGCUUGACCUGCUGCCCCCACCUACACUGCUGGGAAAACUUCCUGUCGAAAGACCCUUUCUACUACCUGGACAGUUCCGCAGAUCUCCACCAACUCCAAAAGGUUCUUCAUCCGUAAAAAAUCUAUCGGGGACUUCAAAUCCUAGCUGUAUCCCUGUGGCCAAGUACUUCAUGUCUAGCAGCAAACUCAAUGACUAUCUGAACACCACCCUGCCACCACAGAUUGAGAAGAUGCUCAUGUGUGCGGAUGUGGAUCUGGCCGGUGUGCUUGGGACAGUGUUAGACACAGUGUCCAACCUGGACGUGCUGUCUCUGUUAGACCUCUCCUCCUCCCUCAACAUCCUUGGCGACGGUGGCCUUAGUGGUGUCCUGGGCAAGGGGAGCAACAGCAAGUCCUCAAAGUCACCACUGUCUUCGCUCUCAAAAGCCACUGAUGCAGUCAGCAACCUGAUACCCUUGGCCCAAGGGGCCCUGGGCGGCCUACUACCCAACACUGUGGAGAAGGAUCCUGCAAAAAAAGCUGACCAGGACUCUUCUCUUCUCUCAAAUCUCCCCCUGCCCCUGGGUGGUGUGCUCAACAAAGUCGGCGAGCUCAAAGAAUCCACCGAGGGCGUACUGAAGAGUGCGGUGCCAAGUGGCAUCAACGAUGCACUCUCGGGCGUGCUGGGAAAUAUUAACGUGAAAGAUCUCUUGAUAGGAUUAGAGGUUCAAAAAGCAACUGUGGAGAACAUGAUGUUGACCAUGACAGAUGAUGAGAUCCUCGUUCAAGCUGUGACUACUGCCUUCAUAGGUGGAAAAGGCCUGUUAGGACCUGUAAUCAGCAUACUGGGAUUUCAAAUAAAUGGGGAUGUGACUCUGAAAAUUGGUAUUUCCACAAACAACACCCAAUGUGUCAGCUUCCAAGUCCAGGACAAGGUCAUCAAGGCUACGAAAGUGUACCUUCAGUUGGUGAAGACGGUCACAGAUACUUUGCCUCUCCCCAUCCCUUUGCCCUUGGAUGAUGUCAUUUCUCAACUGCUGACAGUUGCCAUAAAAGAGAAAAUGAAAGAAUCAACAUGUGACAUCGACCUCGGUGAUUUCAGCGAAUGCAAGAACUCUACUGGCUUGUUCGAGUACCAAGUUAAAAGUUUCCAGCUAUCUGAAGAAGGUCUUUCAACCCUCUACUGUGCCUCCUUUAACAGUAAAGUCCUUCUGCCUGGAAGCCCCCUUUCUCCAAAUCCUAAAAAUGCCAACAUUUCCAUAACUAUGUCUAACACAAUGCUCAGGGAAAUUGUCACCCUCAGUGCCAAGCAGAGCUCCAUCCAGAUGAAUAACCUGAAUACAUACAUCACCAAAGUAAUCUAUGCCAGCCUGCCAGACAACCAAGUCCAAGCCAUCUACUGGGUCGACGUGGAUAAGGAUGGUGAGAGCUUUGCCCAAGGGCAAACGAAGAUACUCAUCUCCUAUAUGUGCAAGAUUUUAAAUGGCAAAUUGGUAUCAGACAUCAAGAUUGUAAGACUUGAACACAGCAUGAAACCCCCUGAGGCUAUGGACGAGCUAAAAGAUGUGAUGUCUGCAGUUAUGAAGAAAUUUAUAUCUACCAUUACUGACAUUUCCAGUCGAUGGAAUAUUCCACCAGAAAUAGCCUCAAAUCUGCUAAACAAUGCCAAGGCUGAACUACUUAAAUCGAGAGACCUUCAGGCAGCAAACUAAACCCAGCACGUGGGAUACCAAAGCAUUUCCAAGAAUGAAAGCACUUUGAAACUUCUCUUAUGGAGUCAAGGACAUCCUUGUGAUUAAGGAGCCAAGUUGAAUAGUGUUCUGAACAUGUCAACUAUUCUUUGGAACCACUGUCACCUUGAAUUAACACGUGCAAGAAAAUCAAGAGCAGG